UUUUUUUCUGAUGUUGUUAAUGUUUGGAUUGAUCGUUUGUUUGAUGAUAUUAAGUCAAAAGACGGGUUUUCAUGUUUUUUAGAUGUAGAUCUAUGAUUUUGUAGAUAAUUGUGAACCAAAUAGUGUUUUUGUCCAAUUAAAUGAAAUUUAAUUAUGAAAAAUGUGAACGUUUUGUAACACGUUAAUUCAGAUGUGAAAAAGUGCUAACAUGUUAUCGAUACAUUUGUUUAAAUCGCGACAGGGCAGAAGAGAUGAUAAGGUGUUUGCUUUUCAUUUCCUUGUUGAUCCAGUCGUCUUUAGCAGCAAAACCUUCAAAUGCAGGACAGAAAGCAGCACCUCAGGCUCAGGGGCCUCCCUCGAAAAAAUGGCAGACUUUAACCGGUCAACAGCCUCUUGUUAUAGCGCGUGGUGGGCUUUCAGGGCUGUUCCCGGAAGCUAGCAUCCCCGCGAACGAUUUGGCAAAGACUCUUAGCUUGCCAGGCUCCGCCUUCUUCUGCAAUCUUCAGUUAUCGAAAGACAAUGUCGGAAUAUGCCUGUCGAACAUUCUGCUUGAUAAUACAACAACUAUAUCAACGUUCUUCCCUAACGGCCAGAAAACUUACAAUGUGAACGGGAAGGAUAUUCGCGGCUGGUUUGCGUUGGAUUUCACAGCGGAUGAGUUGUUAGCCAACGUGUCGCUGACUCAAAACAUUUAUUCGCGACCAAGUCAGUUCGAUGGUAUGAUGCCAAUCGCUACUGUCGAAGAUGUUUUGGAAACUAAACCCAAUAAAUUCUGGUUGAACGUGCCGUACGAUUCAUUUUACAACCAGCACAAGAUCAGCAUGGUAUCAUUUGUCGAGAAGGCAGUCAAAUUCGCACCCAUACCUUACAUCUCAUCUCCGGAGAUCGGAUUCUUGAAAGCCAUUGGUGGAAAGGUGAACAAAAUGAAGACAAAGCUCAUCUUCCAGUUCCUUUACCCCGAAGAAACAGAACCGACAACCAAGGAAAAGUACAGCGCACUGGUGAAGCAGCUCGGAAUGAUCAAGUCAGUUGCAGCUGGAAUCCUUGUUCCGAAAGAAUACAUAUGGCCUGUAAACAAAAACAAUUACUUGGAGGCUGCCACGACGCUUGUGAAUGAUGCUCACAAAGAAGGGCUAGAAGUGCAUGCUUCCGGUUUUGCCAAUGACGUUAUCCUCCCUUAUAACUACAGUUUCGAUCCCACAUCUGAGUACCUGCAGUUUGUCGAUAACUCUCAGUUUUCAGUUGAUGGUGUGCUUACAGAUUUCCCUCCUACAGCAUCAGAAGCCAUCGCGUGCUUUACGCAGGACAAGAACGGUACCAAGCCUAAGAAAGGAUUUCCUUUGAUCAUAACUAGAAAUGGAGCUAGUGGAAUCUAUCCCGGUAGCACAGACCUUGCUUACAAGCAGGCCGUAGAUGAUGAGGCUGACAUAAUUGAUUGCUCGGUUCAAAUGUCAAGCGAUGGGGUAGCUUUCUGCUUAGACACUAUAGACCUCAACUCGGGCACUAACGCGUUGAGCCAAUUCAUGACCAAUAGUGAUACUAUCCCCGAACUUCAAGCAGAAGCUGGAGUCUUCUCCUUCCAGCUCUCAUGGAGCGAUAUUCAGAGCUUGAAACCACAAAUACAGAGCCCCUACGGAACCAAGGAAAAAAUUGUCAGAAACCCCGCUAACAAGGAUGCGGGCAAACUGGUGACCCUCAAAGAAUUCCUGGAGUUUGCAAAGAAAAAUGCAGUUACUGGAAUUUUGAUCAACAUUGAGAAUGCUGCAUACCUAGCAUCAAAGGCAGGCCUAGACAUUGUGGGAGCUGUAUCCUCUGCCUUGAGCAAUGCCACACUCGACAAGCAAUCCACUCAGCAAGUGUUGAUCAAAUCGGAUGACACUUCCGUGCUGUCCAAGUUUAAAGACGCGAAUAACUACAAACGAGUGUUCAACAUCAAGGAGAAGAUAAGCGAUGCGCCCAAGGAAUCUGUAGCGGAGAUCAAGAAGUACGCAGAUGCAGUAAUCGUCACCAAGGAUUCGAUCGUCAAGAUCACUGAUUACUUCAUUUCUGGCACGACCAACGUUGUCGACGAAAUGAAGGCUGCAAACAUCUCCGUGUAUGCCCACUGGAUGAAGAACGAGUUUGUCAGUCUCAUGUUUGAUUAUUUCUCGGACCCCAUCACGGAGAUUGCUUCAUACGCUCAAGGGUUCCAAGUUGAUGGCAUUGUCACCGAUUUCCCCGGAACUGCCAGCAAGUAUAUGAGAUCCCCAUGCACUGAUAUGGACCCCAAGGCCAACAUCCCAUACGCAAUCUUGCCCGUUGAACCAGGUUCACUGUCGAGCCUGAUCGCCCCUGAGGCAAUGUCUCCGGCACAAGCCCCAAGCCCGGCGCUUCAAACCUCGCAGGUGGUUGACCCACCACUCCCGGAAGUGGUGAAGAAGAAGGACUCCAGCUCCGGCCCCAGCUCCAACUCGGGGAAAUCUGAUUCAGGCUCCAAAUCUCCACCUGCUCCUUCAACUUCUGAUGAAAAGUCGAGUGCUUUUGCAAACGGGGCCAGUUGGUGUGCUUCUCUAGUUGCUAUGAUGGUGCUUUUGCUGGCAAAUUAAGUGCUUCUAAGAACUAAUCUAAUAUUACGCGAGUCUGUAACAUGCAUAACAUCAUCUCAUAUAGUAUAGUAAAUAUUGGAAAAUUAGACGGAUUAAUUUCUGACUAGUUAAUUGAUAUGAUUCUUCAUUUUAUUUUGUUCAUGCUACAUUUUCAUUCAUAUUCUUUCCCACUAAUCAUCAAUCAAAUCGAACCGGUUUCAAUUGAAAAAUCUCAAAAAAGACUAACCUAUUGAACCGGUUCGAUCGAUACUAAUCAGACUUCGUCUCACUAUUUUAUCACUUAUCAAGAUCAUCGUAUUUAAUUUGAAGGUACGUUCGUACCAUUCGCAAGUUCAUAUCAAGUAAAUGUCAAAAUUUUUAUCCUUUAGAAGUUCGAUGACUGUUUUUUUUAUAAUGCAAAUUUUCAAAAGUAGGAGAUUCGAACUUCACCUGCAAAAAACCGAAAGUUCGGAUAUUUCAAAACGAAAUAUUUAUUAUUCAACAAAAUAUGGAAAUUCAGCAGCAAAAAAAAGUUAUGAAAUUUAAGAAAGGGAGAGGACGAGGCUCAGAUUCGCCUUUGUUCAGACAAAAAGAGGGAAGGAAAUGCAGCGUUCCAUGGCUGCGAAUACGGCAGCUGCCGGCGGGAUGAAAGUACAUAUAGUCAUUUCCACCGCCAGAGAAACCGAGUCGCCCCGCCAAGGCACCCUGUUCCGCAUUCCCGCCGCCUGGUUUUACAGUCGCUAAAAGUAUCAUCACCGCCUCGUUUUUGAGAGAGAGAGAGAGAGAGAGAGAGAGAGAGACAGACAGAAUCAGAAGCAGGGAAUUUGAUGAUAAUGAUUAUGUUGAGGAUGAAGGAGGAGGAGCAGGAUGAGCAGAGAGGGUUGUUUGGGUGCGAGUAACAUAAGGUCGGGUGUGUGACAUCAUCGGCUCCGCCGCCAUUCAGAGAGGGCGGCAACAACCCUCACGGACACCCGGGACGGCCUCUCUGACAACAGAGCCUCAUUCGUAAAACUAAUGAACCUUAAAACCCUAGACGCCGCGCCA